AUGAUCAAUUUCUUCUUUUCUUAUCGCUAUUUGGAUGUUGAGCAUAUUCAUGAGGGCGAUUCUGGAGGUGAAGGUAUUGAAGCGCAAGGAAGCAAACAUGGAAGAGAAGGCGCUGGUGGUGAAAACAGAGGUGGCAGUGCAGGGAAUUGGGGGAAACAACAAGGAUUGAAUGUUGGUGGCUGCUGUGGAGGUAAGGGUGGUAGCGAAGGCAAGCAGCAAGGAUUAAGUAAUGGUUGUUGUAAUUGCAGUGGUGGUAGUACAGGCAAUGGUGGUAAGGAAGGUAAUGUGGGUAACGAGGGUAAGCAACAAGGGUUGGCAAGUGGUAAGGGAGGCAAGGGAGGCAAUGUGGGUAAGGAGGGUAAGCAACAAGGGUUGGCAAGUGGUAAGGGGGGCAAGGGAGGUAAUGUGGGUAACGAGGGAAAGCAACAGGGGUUGGCUGGAGGAGAACAUGAGCAUGGUGGCUGCGCUUGUGCUGCAGUCCUGAAAAAACAUUCUUACUCGCAUAAAGCUUUAAUGCUCACGAUUCGCUUUACUGUGUGUCGUAUUCUUACAAAUAAUGAAUUACGAUCACGCAAAACGAUUACGAUGGCAGCCUGUCAACCUGGUUCGUCAGCAUUUGCAAACGAGCUAGAAUUGCUUAAGUCGACACGAAUUGACUUUUAUAUAAUCAAACGACUCCACUUCAGUGCAUCUUAA